AUGGGCGACAAGCGACUCAACGACCUCCUGCGAUGGAGCGUCGAGAACACCACCACCGGCGAAAAUGACCCCUCCACUGAAACCAAUGCCCAAGUACCGCCGCCAACAAACCUCACCCCGGAGCUCAUGGCCGCGCUCAUGGGAGGACCCUCCGAUGCCGACCUCAUGAAGGGCUCCAUGGAGAUCAUCGGCGACCCCGAGGUUACCCUGGAGAACAAGCUCAUCGCCUUCGACAACUUUGAGCAGCUCAUUGAGAACCUCGACAACGCCAACAACAUUGCCAACCUCAACCUGUGGACCCCGCUGCUCGAGCACCUGGGCAGCAAGGAGAGCGAGCUGCGCAAGAUGGCGGCCUGGUGCGUCGGCACCGCUGUUCAGAACAACGAGCGCACCCAAGAGCGCCUGCUGGCGAUUGGCGGCGUCACUCCUCUGAUUGAGAUGGCGCUGAAGGAGGAUGAGGCCGAAGACGUCAGGCGCAAGGCAAUCUAUGCGCUGAGCUCUGCGAUUAGAAAUUACCAGCCUUCUAUGGAUCACUGCGCGGACGAAUUGAAUAAGCGAGGGUUUACUGCAGCCAAGACAGACGCUGCUGAUAUGGCAGCCGUUGAUGUUGUCAUCCAUGGACUUAGGGAAAAGGUCAAGGCUGCCGCCAAUGGGGCUUCGGCGUAA